AUGAAAAACACGAAACUUUCCGUAGUGUAUUUUAUAAUCUUAACAGCGAUUCUUGUUUAUGMAGUGAAGUCCGAUGAUGUAGAGUGCAAAGGUAUCAAGCUAACGCGUCUUGGCUGCUUCAAAGAUAAGUCAAAUCCUAAGGAUCGCACUCUAUCCCGUUUGGUCCUCACUUAUAAAGACCCGAGUAGUCCUGUAUACUCUGGUGAACAAAUUGACUGGUUGGACUUUGAGGAAUACCUAGCCGAUUAUAUUUGUAAAUGCGCUAAAAGUGUCUUGAAACUUGGAUACCGCGUCAUUGGGCUGCAGAAUUACGGUGAAUGCUGGUCAGGACAAAGCUAUAGAUAUGCGAUGUACGGUACGUCAAAUAAGUGCAUAGAUUCGAAGUUUCAAAGCUGUAAGAGCGGUAUGGACUGUGUUGGCCAAGAUGACACAAAUUUUGUUUACCGAGUGCAGAAAGAUCUUCCUUCUGCAACAGCAAAACCAACUGGGCAGCGAACUACASCCCGAACGACACCACCCACUCCAUCUCAAACACCGUCAGCAACUCCAUCACCGACACCAUCACCAACCCCGUCAUCGACAAUGACACCACCACAAACACCGUCACCAACACCUUCGCCGACAAAUUCGCGAACACCUUCGCCGACACAGUCGAAAAAAUUUUCAACUACAUCAAAGCCCACAACGCCUAGAAUUCGAUCCCCUAAACCUUCUGGAUUGGGUACCAGCACGGCCAAGAAACCUCCUUUACCUACAUCAAAAGCCACAASGCCUGGAAUUCGUUCCCCUAAACCUUCUCAAAUGGGUACCAGCACCGCAAAAACACCYCCUUCGCCUACAAAGGYCCCAACUCCCUGUUCUCAGCCUCAUAACAUCCCCUGCAAUUCACCCGCGAUGCCAURUGMAGCACCUUGUCAGCCCGUAGUAUAUCCUGCCCCAUUGAUGCCAUACCCUGGACCUUAUGCACAAGGCWCAUCCAAUGCGGUAAUGGGGCAAUAUCAACAAUUUCCAUCCAGUGGAGCUAAGUGUCCGUCCCAAUGUGCUCCAAAUUGUAAUGCAGGRUGUUGCCAAGGUUACUAUCAAGAUAAACCAAUGAGGGGACAGAAUGUAUGCAGACAGGGAUGCCCAACAAAGUGCGCACCAAAAUKCAUGACAGGAUGCUGCCGUUUGUUUGGUGGAUUGCAUAAGAGGGUAGCAAUAAGCAAACACAGUAUCCCGAGCCUAGAUGAUAGCUAGAAUAUUGAAAUACAACACAAGAACGUGCUGCCUGUUGACACAGUUUAGUAAAAUGGACUCUGCCACAAAACGUGCAUGCCUCAGGCACUCCCCAUUUCAACGGCAUUUUUUUAAAUAAGGUUUUAUGAUCAUAUAACUUAAAUUUGACAAUAUUUAUGUUCUUUAUAAAGGAUACUUAAUUGA